AUGACCGACCGCAAUAAUUCAUCUCGUAGGAGGAGGUCCAGCAGUAUAUUACAGGUCUAUCAUGAACCACCGGAGACUCUCGAGCAAAUCAGUGAUCAGGCUGCUCUACCCAACCUGAACGCCAACUGGACAAGUGCAAAAGGUGCUUGGACAAUUCACAUCGUCUUAAUCGCCGCGCUAAAGAUUUUCUACGACAUCAUUCCCGGCGUUUCGCAGGAGACGUCAUGGACAUUGACCAACAUGACGUACAUGUUUGGCUCGUACAUCAUGUUUCAUUAUGUCCGCGGCGUACCAUUCGAGUUCAACAGCGGCGCCUUUGACAAUCUCAACAUGUGGGAACAAAUCGACAAUGGUGCUCAGUACACCCCGACCAAAAAGUUUCUUCUUAGCGUCCCAAUCGUGCUUUUUCUGUUGAGCACUCACUACACCCAUUACGACUUGGCAUAUUUUAUCAUCAACUUCCUGGCCGUAUUGGCCGUGGUAAUUCCGAAGCUACCUUUUAGCCACAGAAUGCGGUUCGGUCUCUUUUCAGGGCCUCCAGAGGAAGAUUAG